UCCCAAUUUCUCCCCUCCCUCACCCUCCGUCAUCCCCGGAUAAGGUAAAUAAAAAUCCAGAAUCUACCCACACACACGACAACAAUCACGACACAUACCAAUUCUUUCAUCUUGCCUUCAUACUUCUAGUCUGAUUUAGAGCUGGAACCCCCCAAGCCGCGCUUAUGAACGGUCGCCCGUCAGAAUUCACUUCUCAGGACUAUCUCUCAGACCAUCUGUGGAGGGCCCUAUCCGCUUAAAACCCCGUUGAGCACUUAUCAAAGAAAGCCUCUCAGAUUUACGAAUCAAUUUAUUAAAAAAAAACACCAACAAAAUCGACGACAUGAUGCUCUCCCGGGUGUCCGUCCGUAUGGCCGCCGCCACCAAGACGGCACCGGCAUUCCGUGUCGCCGGUGCUGUUGCAUUCAACGCUCGGCCUGCCGCCAAGCAGCUGCGCUUCGUCAGCAGCAGCCAGCAGCAGCAGGUUGCCCACGGCAGCAAGGGCCGAAAAAUGCCCGCUCAGCGGUCCCGAGCCACCGCCCCGGUUGCUGGGCUUGAUGCAACCUUCACCAUCCGUGAUGGACCCGUCUUCCACGGCACGGCAUACGGCGCCAACUCCAACAUCUCGGGUGAAGCCGUCUUCACCACCUCGCUCGUAGGCUACCCCGAGUCGAUGACGGACCCCUCAUACCGUGGUCAAAUCUUGUGCUUCACCCAGCCGCUCAUUGGCAACUACGGUGUUCCAUCCAAGGAGCGUGACGAGUACAACCUGCUCAAGUACUUCGAGUCGCCCCACAUCCAGUGCGCCGGCAUUGUCGUCUCGGAUAUCGCUGAGAAGUACAGCCACUGGACUGCCGUCGAGGGUCUGAACGAGUGGUGUGCCCGCGAGGGUGUGCCCAUCAUCUCGGGCGUUGACACCCGUGCUAUCGUCACCCACCUCCGGGAGCAAGGUUCUUCUCUUGCUCGUAUCACCAUCGGCCAGGAGUAUGACGCCGAUGAGGAUGAGAGCUUCGUUGACCCGGGUCUGAUCAACCUUGUAAAGCGUGUCAGCACCAAGGCUCCUUUUGUCGUCGAGUCCCCCGACCCCACAUUCCACAUCGGUCUGAUUGACUGUGGUGUGAAGGAGAACAUCCUCAGGAGCUUGGUCAGCCGCGGGGCAUCCGUGACUGUUUUCCCCUAUGACUACCCGAUCCACAAGGUCGCCUCUAACUUUGACGGAGUGUUUAUCUCCAACGGACCUGGCGACCCUACUCACUGCCAGGAGACCAUCUACAACCUUCGCAGGCUCAUGGAGACAUCCCCUGUCCCCAUCAUGGGCAUUUGCUUGGGCCACCAGCUGCUUGCUCUGGCCGUUGGUGCUCGCACUUUGAAGCUCAAGUAUGGCAACCGGGCACACAACAUUCCCGCACUCGACUUGACCACUGGACAAUGCCACAUUACCAGCCAGAACCAUGGUUAUGCUGUUGACACGAGCACGCUGCCCAGCGAGUUUAUCGAGUACUUUGUGAACCUGAACGAUGGCAGCAACGAGGGCAUGAUGCACAAGACCCGCCCGAUUUUCUCCACGCAGUUUCACCCCGAGGCCAAGGGAGGCCCAAUGGACAGCUCCUUCCUCUUUGACAAGUACCUUACCAACGUGAAGAUGUUCAAGAACAGCGAAAAGGUCUUCAGGGACAACAGGCCAUCGCAGCUCCUGCUCGAUAUCCUGAGCAAGGAGCGUGUUGGUGUUGAGCCCACACCUCUGGCUUCCACUGCUUAAGCUGUUUGGAAAGAUAGGUACUUCCUACUAGCUGUGAAUUACAUACCAUAUCCGCAUGGGUUGUCUCUUGAAGCUUGGGCGUUACUGUUUUGUUAGUCGGGUUUGAUUUGUUCGGGUUUCGCUUGUUUUGAAUAAAGCUCGUCGUGGCUAAAAAAAAUUAUAUCCAUUUCUUUUUCUUGUACGCGUUGCAUCUUUCUAUGAGAUAAAAAUUGGAAAUGCUCUGCUGUUCAUAUUUACUGUUUAUCAAGUGCCAAUUACGC